AUGAUUCGAUUCUUCAUUUUGGUCCAAGUCAAGUCAAUUCUGACCCGGCUGGUUUCGGACCUUCAGGCGUUCCUGCUGGUUCUGGACGGUGAGAACCUUAGCUACAUCGCUCAAGCUCAGAAGAAGUCCAUCUCAGAGCUUCUGUCCAAACUGCAGGAGCACAAAGACACACCGGUAGUGGAGGAUGCAGAGUACAUGAUCAUGAACUGUCCCUCUGGAAGCCCAGCUAACGACCUCAGGCGAAAGUCGGCUAAUGAUUCGGGUUCGGCUGAACUUCCGCAGUUCGAGUGGCUUCGCAGCAUGUCUGUGGGUCCCGUGGUUCCUCCACGCCCUCCAAACAGGUUGGGGGACGAUGACUGCUACGAGGAGGCUGAGCCUUUUAUUCCAGCCACUCAGUCUACAGAUAAACUCGACUCAGAGAGCAGUCAUUAUGAGUCAUAUGGUGAGGAAGACGAGGACGUCCCUGUGGACCGAGCUCACUAUAUCCAGUGUGGCUCGUCUCAGUCCUGCCUGCGUCCUGUCCCUGAAUCGCGGCUCUGCGAGUACCUCUGGAGGAAGAAGUGGCUCGGUCAGUGGACGCGCCAGCUCUUCAUCAUUAAACAUGACUCCUUACUGUGUUUUAAGUGUGCUAAAGACCUCCAACCGCUGCUGGAGAUGAAGCUGACAGGCUGUCAGGUGGUGUACAAGUCCAAACACAACAAGAAGAUGCAGCAUGAGCUGAAGGUGGUGAGCGAGUCGGAGACGCUCAUCCUGGGCUUCCAGAGCUGCGGUCAGGCAGAGGAGUGGAGGAAGAUCAUUGAGGAACUCAGCGGCUCUUCGUACUGUGAGCAGGAAUCCACGGGCUCCUCCUCUAUCCUGAAGAGUGAAAGACUGGAUUCUUGCAGGUCGAGCUCAGUCCUCCACACCGAUUCGGACGAGGAGAUCCCCACCGCUCCUUCUUCUGCUCUCAGCAGCACAGACAACAACAAUUAUAAACACAGGGCAGGGUAUCUGAACGUGCUGAUGAAUUUUCAGUGGCAGACGCUGUGGUGUCGAGUCGACUCCGGAGUCCUGAACCUGUUUAGCGAUGAAAACAGCGACAUGACGCCUCAGUACACAGUGCAGCUCAGGGGGAGCGAGAUUCGACCCAAUACCACUCAGGCACACACACACCGCAUCACCAUCCUACAGCACGGAGAUCCGGUGGCUGUCCUGGAGGCAAGUUGUUCUGAUGAUAAAGAGCAGUGGAUCCAGCUCCUGCGGGAUGGGAGCUCCCCUGCGGUUGUAUCUCCAAAUCAGCACAACAGUCACGAGUCACUUAGCGGCCUGAAGACUCGGACGCUCCCCAACGCCAACACCUACAUGGACGACCCCUUUCAGCAGCUCAGUAGCUCAGUCCGCGGAUCUCCCAUCUACUCCAACACCACCUCACUGGAGCACAUGUUCCAGAAAUCCCACACUGCCAGAAACGGAGACACGUCGGAUUCCCCUGAGUACAGCAACUGUGACAUCUUCAGGAGCAGCAGUAAGAAAGUGUGGGAGGUGGAGCGAGGUGUGCAGAAGCUGCAGCUCGCUGGAAAACGGCUGCAGGUGAGAGCAGGGUCAGAGGUCAACCUCAUGAACGCGGGGCCGAAGCCGGCGAAGCGCUCGUCCUUCAGACAGUCACUGCUCCCGUUCUGCUCAGAUAGAACGCAGGGAGGGUUCCUGACUCCACUCCUGCGUAGAACGGCCUCAGCUAAGCUCUCUCUGAAACGCUCUCCCUCCACACUCCUCAUCGAACACGGCCGAGUCUUUCACAGGAGGAAGGAGUGGGAGACGAAGACUUCAGCUUGACCUGGACUCCUCAUCUCGUCAUCUUGUACACAUUCCCGUCCUGUUUAUUAUUAUUAUUAUUAUUAUUAUUAUUAUUAUUAAUAAUAAUAAUUGCACUGAGAAUAAUAUUAUUACUGAGCAUGUGGAUCAUGCAGGGUUUU